AUGCCUGAUGAGGGAACAGAUCCUGUCGACUGGUCUGUCGACGAUGUGGUCCAGUUUCUUUGCCACAAUCCACACACCCCAUGGUCACAGUCCGUGUCAGGGGCCCCUCGGCCUGACCCUACCUCCUUUGAGGCUGCUCUCCGUGACAAUCUGAUCACUGGAGAAGUGCUUUUAAAUGAUGUUGAUAAGAGCGCACUGCGAGAUGAUCUAGGAUUGAGGGCCCUUGGACACCGGAGUUCCAUGCUCACGGCAAUACGUGUAUCUACGGCGGUGAGUACAAACGCUGUAAAUUUGGCAGUUGUGCCCAAUUCACGAGAAUCUACGAACCCUUCAAGUACUCCUCAAGACACUUCUCACAUCACAAACUUGCAGACUCGUGUAGAAGAUUUGGACCCCGUUGAGCGUAUUCGCUCACAUGAGCAAGUUUUCGUCGAUACACACGGAAGGAAACGGCGACGGCUAGACCUCACUACUCUGACUAAAAGUCGAGUUGAUAACGAGUAUCCUUCAGAUCCGGUGCAAGCCAAGGAGUGGUAUAUGGGGCCGGAACAAAUUACACCAUCUCAAUUGUUCUCCUCUACUGAUCCAGACCAAAAUGACGAGUCCUUCACAAUGGUUGGAUCAAACUUUCCAACUGCACAGCGUUUGUUUGUGAACAGGUGUCUUCAUUCCUUCCAGAAACAAAAGCUCAUACCCCUGGACUCUACCCAAGAUCAAGUCUCUGGGGAUGUGCCGACAGAGACACUAGAUCCUUCUGACCCGUUCUCUUAUCUUCUCCAGCGAUACCCAGUACAAGGUGAAAGUCAGGAUGCAUUUCCAUUGUAUGGAGACUCAGGAUCCGAGGGUGAGUUUGACGAAGAGACUUGGCAAGAAAUUGAAGACGAACACCAAGGAGGAUGGUCUGGGAAACCCUCUAAACUCACGCCCAGGGAGAUGGAAUCUGUUAUCAAAGAUUGUAUCUCCCAAUAUGAGAGCAAGUGGCAUGAUACCUGCUUGCCAAAGGAACAGCAAAAGGCACGCAAGCUCUGGCUGAGGGCUAAGAAGGGAAAGUGUACCAACCAAGAAAUUAAAGGGCUCGAUCGGAAGAUAACAUCUCUAAACGAGCGUCUUAGGAAACUGCAGGACGCAGUCCGUGAAAGUGAGUAUGCAACGAAGGCCGAGCUACAAACUCAGUGUCAAAGCAUGGAGCAGACUGUGAUGGAUAUUCAACAACAUAGGUGGCGUGUUUCGACCCUUGAGCAAGAAACGUGUCCACCAAGAAUCUCAGCUCCUCUCAUACCUACGCCCGCACAAAGACCGAAACAUAACUCUGGGGAUGAAGAAUCACUUCAUUCAGAGUCAGACGAUUUGUCUGAUGAUUCUAUGGAUGAUUUCAUUGACAAUUCUGAUAUUGGGGACCAGCCCAUACACGUUGAAAAUAAUAGCAACACUCGAACCCCACCAACAUCUGAAAGUGAUGAUGAUGACAUUAUCAGCCCUUCUGGGAUUAGACGACAGACAAGGAGGAGAAAACUCCCUUUUCGGGAGUCUAGCUCUCCGUCUCCACCUCCUUUGCAUAAGAAUAAAUUCCCUAUAGAAUACAUUGACCUUACAGAAGACUCUCCGGCUGUUGAUAAUGAAGAGGAUUACAGGGUUGAGACUCCCCCCUCAACCCUGAAGCGGCCAAGUCUCCCUGAUAUACACGACAUGGACAAGUUUGUGUCGGUGCCCUGGGGUUUAAUUGAAGAGCGACAAGACCGCCAGAGACUAUUAGCAAAACUGAUUGCAACCCUUUCUAUUGAAGAGCGAAAUAAGUUAGCGCAAGCAGUUCCUCGAUAUUCUAGUUCAGAUUUGCAGCAACUCACAGGAACUGGUCUAAAGCUCUUGCUGAAGAACCAACAAAUGAUUCCAGAACUUGAGGCGGCUGAGAGCCGUGUGGUCAUGCGUGUUACUUCCUUUUAUAUCUCGUGGGUAAACUGUGUCCAUCUUGUGUCGGAAGGAAUUCAGAAGAGUCUCGUACUCAACGCUCAAUCUAAAAUCAGCGGCUUUAUCACGUACUUCAACGAACUCUGCGCGCGCCUCACUGAUUAUCGCAAGAAGAAAGGCUCUAAGAUGCACCGGCUCAAUGGAAAGGAAGAGACCCCAAAUCCCACAGACACUCCCCACAAAAAGCGCAAGAGAGAGGUCAAGGAAAGUCAAAAUGCGAAAAAGAGUCAGCAGAGUGCACAGCUUCGUGUCGCACUGCAAGAGAAGCAGAGAAAGAUCCUCGAAAGGAAGAUAGGUAGCACCAACACCGAUCCUACGCGUCAAGCAGUCAGCUUUGGAAAUCCUGCUAUUUAUCUAGACCCUCAAAUUGGCUUGCGUGUUAAGCCCCACCAAUUGAAUGGUGUUCAAUUCAUGUGGCGAGAGUUGAUAGAAGACGAGAACAAGCAAGGUUGUCUGCUCGCUCACACAAUGGGCUUAGGGAAAACGAUGCAGGUUAUAUCCCUCCUUGCAACAAUAUCUGCAGCAGCAUCUUCCGAUGAUCCCAAGAUACGCCAGCAGGUUCCUGCAGCUUUUCAUAGAUCUCAAUCGCUGAUUCUCUGCCCGUCGUCCUUAAUUGAAAAUUGGUUUGACGAAUUUCUCAUGUGGGCUCCUGUCCAAUCGGGUAUCGGACCUCUGAGGAAGAUAACAACUUCCGAGACAAUGCCAGAGAGGCUACAGGAGUUGUGUGACUGGGAUGAAGAAGGCGGGGUCCUUAUAAUGAGCUAUGACCUGUUCCGGACGUGGAUACUGAACAGGGAAACCAACAAGAGGGGAAAGCCGUUAAACGAGGGUCAAUAUCAAAAGGUCAGAGAAUGCCUUCUGGAUGGACCGAACAUUAUUGUUGCCGACGAGGCCCACAAGAUGAAAAACCCAGCCACUGGCAUCUCGCAAGCAGCCAUGCAGUUUCGCUCUAAAAGUCGUAUUGCCCUGACUGGAUCCCCUCUUGCAAACAAUCUUAUCGAUUACUAUGCCAUGAUCAACUGGAUUGCAGAGGGCUACCUCGGCGAAUUCGUGGAGUUUAAGGCAAAGUUCGUGGAGCCUAUUACGGAGGGACUUUACGUAGACAGUACGUACACCGAGAGGAGAAAGUCUUUGGUGAAGCUUCAAGUCCUCAAAGAAAUCCUUGCCCCAAAGAUCAAUCGUGCCGAUAUUUCUGUACUUGCUGGUAGUUUACCAACCAAAGUCGAGUUCGUCAUAACGGUUCCCUUGACGAAUUUACAGAGACAAGCAUAUAAUUCAUAUGUGGAGACUAUAUUGCAAGGAAAAGGCACUUUCGGCAGUGCACAACUAUGGUCCUGGCUUGCGAUUCUGAGUCUAUGUUGCAAUCAUCCAUCAUGUUUCAGAGACAAACUACUAAGCCGAGCAAGCGAUGCACAGAAAAUAAACAAGAGGCUAGGCGAGGAGAUGAUUCCCGGCGAUGAACCUAUCGCGCAAGCAGGCCUUCCAGAUUCAGAAAAGCUGGUUUCUGAACAAGAACAAAUAUUUGCCAGCGUCCCUGACUUAAAAGCAUUAGAAAUGUCUCAUCGGGCGCAGAUAAUGAAUGCGAUAAUCGACGAGUCUAUUAAGGCCGGUGACAAGAUCUUGGUUUUCUCCCACAGCAUCCCAACGCUCAAUUAUAUUGAGCACACCCUUCAAUCGUCAAACCGAAGAUACUCCCGGCUAGAUGGACGGACCCCCGUCGUAACUCGACAAGAUGCGACGAAAAGAUUCAAUCGUGGCUCUGAUCAGCAAGUAUACCUCAUCUCAACACGCGCAGGAGGGCUUGGCUUGAAUAUUCCUGGAGCGAACCGGGUCAUUAUUUUCGACUUUAAAUUUAGUCCGGUAUGGGAAGAACAGGCUGUUGGACGCGCCUAUCGCCUGGGCCAGCAGAAACCAGUAUAUGUUUACCGUUUCAUUGCUGGUGGUACCUUUGAGGAGGUUAUGUAUAACAAGGCUGUCUUCAAGACCCAACUUGCCUUCCGUGUUGUCGAUAAGAAGAAUCCGGUUCGUUGGGCACAAAAGUCACUUGGCGAAUAUCUUUUCCCAGCAAAGCCGGUCCCGCAAAAAGACAUCGCCGAAUAUCUGGGAAGGGAUCCACAAGUCUUGGACAAGAUCAUCAUGGGUGAUAAUGGCGAGGAGAAGUCAAUCUGCAAUAUUGCCCUCACUGAAACUUUCCAGAAGGAAGAUAAUGACAAGUUGACCGAGGAAGAGAGACAAGGUGUCCAACAGCAAUUGAGCGACGAGCGCCUUAGGCGCACCGACCCAGAGGCAUACAAUAGGCUAGUACUGGACAGGCAAAGGCAAGCUUUGUCCGUGGAUCAAGCUCCGCAUUGGGCCCCAUCGUUAUACGUGCAAACAACUCCCAUGCAACCAGCUUCCAUGCCACCAGCUCUCAUGCCUCCUCAACCACCUGUUAUGCAGCCAAUAGUUCCGUCAAGCGCUCACAACACCGGGCCUCCCGCUCUAGCACCAGACAUAAGCGUUUAUCAAGAGCCUUCUAGAACACCCAUGCCCUCAACAUCCGCAGCCGCGAUUAGUUCAACUUCAGGAAUCUAUGCUUCGCACUAUGCUCACAGCGAGCCACCCAACGAAAACACCGCACUUUACUCCCCUUUCAGGCUUUCACCUACCAGAAGCCUAGGGCAAGCCGGUACUCAGAUACCUCCUCAAAUGGAUGAUGCCAGUUGGGAUACAAACGUCCAGCAAUAUGAUAUACCCGCAUAUAUGGCCCAUACCGAACCCCUGCAAUCGACAACACCAUCAGACAAUUCUUCUGAUGACCCCUACCUCUACCAAUGA